CGCUUCCGCGUUGCGGGGGGGGGGGAGCGGGGAGCGGCUCGCUUGGCCCCCGCAGGUGCGCGCGCCCGGGGCCGGGGGAUGCGGCGGGGGCCUCGCGAUGCGCUACAGCGAGCGGGAGCUGCUGUCCCUGUCCCGGCAGCCGGCGGAGAAGGCGGCGGAGAUCCUGAUGCGGGUGCCCAAGAAGGGGAGCGUGCUGAAAAAACGCCUCGUGAAGCUUGUUGUCAACUUUCUCUUCUACUUCCGAACAGAUGAAGCAGAGCCAAUUGGAGCUUUGCUGCUGGAACACUGUAGAAUCACCAAAGAAGAGGAGAAUGUCUUUUCAAUCAGUUUCAUUGAGGAGCCAGACAGGAAAUACUCCUUUGAAUGUGACACUGAGGAGCAAUGCCAGGAGUGGAUUGAGGCUCUCCGAAGAGCCAGCUACGAGUUCAUGAGAAGAAGUUUGAUUUUCUAUCGGAAUGAGAUUCAGAAGAUGACAGGGAAGGACCCCCUGGAGCAGUACGGAAUCUCCGAGGAAGCCCGAUUCCAGCUGGGAACACGCAAGCUGUAACCUGGCAGCCUCCGUCCCCACCCAGCCCAGUGGGGCUUAACUGGCAUUCAGCCACCUCCUGGUGGGGGAUGGGGGUGAAAACACCAACCCCCUGUCGGGGGGAGCUCCUGGGACCAAGUGACUUACUUAUGGGCCAGAUAACUUGUAUGUCUUUUUUUUAACGGAUUCAUUGCACACUCCCCUUCCUGUUUGUCUUCAGCCCCUCCGAGCUCCCAUCUCCCCGCAGCAAGAGUCUUAACUGGCCACUGCUGUGUCAGCUUUAACUUGAUGGACCAUAAAACUGCUAGGCUGAGGGACUUAUGGGUUGCCCGUUACUCACUAGAUGCUAGCCCCUAGGGCCACUGAAAGCCCUCAUUCAGAGUCCCAGGGGAUUUCAGCUAUGAUGCUGAUGUGGAAACCUGGCUGGACUUGUCCUGGUGGGAGCAGCCCAGGGGUCUUCCAGCAUAUGGUGCUAUUAUAAGGCAGGGGUGAUCUGGGGUAGAGGGCCGGUGUCUGUUCUAGGCCAAAAACAUGCAUUUCUGCUGGGAAUGGCCUCAGGGCUUUGGCCAUCCAGCUCUGCAGGCCGCCUGCUGCACGCCUGGUGGCUGAAGUUUGUCACCUGGGUGCCCUGAGCCAACUGGUGGCUGAUGCUUUGCUGGCUUUUGCAAAAGUGGCUAAUCUCAAAGGGAGGAGGAGGGUCUUUCAUUAAGGGGGUGUGGGGGUUUUUUUUGGUUUUUUUUUUUUUGGCCGAUGGCAUUCCUUUGCUCAUAGCGGUGGGGUCCUCGGCCUUGAAAUGCCAGACUCACCCCUCUCCCGCACUUAACUCUGUCGGGCCCACUCUAGCUGCUAGAUCUGUACUGGACAUUGUUCAGCUACUGAAGAUAGAUGCAGGGAGCAGCUGUUUCAGGUAAGGGAAGCCCUCCUCUGUUAUGGAUUGCGACCCCCAAAUGGAGGGAGGAGGAACUGGCCCUUACUCUAAACAGGGUUAACUUAUGUGACUGCUGGUGCUCCUGCCCCCCUCCCUAGCUGUUGCUGCUCCGGCUGACAGUGUAGCUGUAGGGGGCAGUGUCUUCAUUUCUUUACACAAACCUACAGCAGCAGCGAUUGCAUUGUGACAUGCACACAGGGUUACUGGGGCCUGUCUCAGCUCAACACCGUUACUAAGGUCUAAUUUUGAACUUAUGCAGAUGAAUCCAGCUACCACGAGCCACCCUACAGCAUCUUUAAAAUGCACUUCCAACUUCCCGCACAGUGUGGGGUUGUGGCUUUCUCACCAGUACCCAGGAGUGAGAAAAGCAAGGGUUUGAAAGACACCUGCUGUGAGGCAGUCUAAACCAAACCCCUCCCCCUGACCUUGAGAGCAAGCUGUGGUUCUUAGUGGCAUUGUUCCCUUGCCUGGGGGGGUGCUGUGCAGUCAUUAGCUUCCCAGAGCAGAUGGCCUGCUGUGGGGCUAGUGAAAACAGCUGGGUGGAUGCUGCUGUAGUCCCCUUUACUGGAGGCAGUGUGAGAGGUAGAACUGUGUGGGGUGUAGAACCGCAUCUUGUCCAUGCUGAGCUGGGAGACAGGGUCCCACAGCACGAAGAAUAGCUGUACAGGGCUACUUCAGGCUUUAUUCCAUAUACAACACCCCUCAUCUGUUUCUGCAGCUUCC